CGACAGACAGCAGACAGCCAUGGAUCUCUCCAGUAUUUCGGUGUUUGUGAAAGUCUGUAUGAUUCUCAUUCCUCUCGGUGCCUUGUUACAUCUCAUUGGAUUCGCAUCUCCCUAUUGGGCUUCAGUUCCUAAUUUUCACGGCGGAAUAUGGAAAAUUUGUAAAGUCAACAGACUGUGUGAGGAUUAUUUGGACUGGCCCAGUCUUCCAGGCUGGCUGCGAGCGACCCAGUUCUUCGAGACAGUCGGGCUGAUUCUGAUCGGGGCCGCGGGCAUCCUGCUCAUCCUCACCAUCCUCGUUCAGAUGUUCAGGGACAAAAAAAUCUUCUCCAUCCUCAACGCAAUCCUCUGCUUCGCGGCGGCUGGUUGCAUCUUCGUGGGAGUGAUCAUCUACGGAACACAAGAUGGCAUCUCAACUUACCUGAGCUGGGCGUUCGGGCUGUGCAUUGUGGGAGGAAUUCUCGUGGGCGUGGCAGGUGUGCUUCUCAUCGUGUCGGCAGUGGCCCGUGGCUAAGCAACAUCGAGACAUUUCGUACCAAACGAAGUAUUUAUUCGUACAAUUCCGUAAUUUUUACGGAAAAUACCGAAAUAUUUACAAGGAACAGUAAUUAAUUGUGGUAGCAUAAUAAAAAGUACUCUGUACUCGGUACUCUUAUUAUAUUUGAAGUGCCCAAGAAUUAAAUAAUAAUAACAAUAAUAAUAAUAAUAAUAAUAAUAAUAAUAAUAAUAAUAAUAUAUGUUGACAUUAUUUAUUUAGUAACUAGAUUUUUUUUUUUAAUCUCGAUUUUAUUUGAAAUGUGAAUAAGACUAUUCAAGAAAUCAUUUUCGUGUUCUAAAUAUUAAUAAGAGUAGGGGUUGAGAAAUGGAGGCAGCUUGAUUGUUUUUUUUUUUAAAUAAAGUUUUGUUUUACAAUAUUAUUGCAAACUCUUGAAAUAUACCGUGGCUGUUUUAACGAAUCUUCAAAGCUGUAUUCUGAAUAUAGUGCUAUUUUUAUGUCUGUAAUUACUGACUGGGUGUUAAACACUAUGCAUAUUCCUUACGUAUAUUUACAUAAUUAUGCAACGUUUAAAGGUAUAUUUCACUUGUAGUAUUGAAUUAUAACAUUAUAUAUAUAUAUAUAUAUAUAUUAUUAGUUAUUUCUAUUGUCUGUUAUUGCAUAAUGCACCGAUAUAAGAGUGCAGACUUAGCUUGUGAUUAAAACACAUUCUUCU